AGCGCUGCAUGAAAAAUUAAGUAAAAGAGUUGAAAAUCAAAAGUUAAACCAACAAAUUUGUUGUAAAGCGAUUGAGCGAGAUCUAAAGUGAACGGGGCCUGAGGGAGAGAGAAAAUGUUGUGAGAACGAGAGCUUAAACGUAAUAUAAACAAAAACACACGCAACAAAUGUAAAUAAAUCAAACAGCAAAUGGAACUAAAACUGGAACCGGAGCAGUUGCAUAAAAAAAAGAACUUGUCGACUUGGCUUUGAGAGAUCGAUAGCUUAAACCUAAUAUAACAUAAACAGAAAAUGGAGCACGCAAAGCAACUGGAACUGGAACUGGAACAGGAGCAGCAGCUGGAGCAGUUGCUUAAAAAACUGGAACUUGUGGAUUUUUAUCAGCUACCCGAAACGUUCCAGGCACACUUCGAGGGAAAGCAGAGCAACCUAUGCUGUCUGGAAGAUUUCGCCAUUUACUUUUUGGCUGCACUGCGUCAACACACGGAGCUGCAUUUUCGCGGUAACAACGAAUCGGAAACGCCCAAACAACACACGCCCGUGCACCAGGCAAAACCCACGCCCAUUGAUCAGGAACUGAAUGAAUCUCCGCUCAGUCAGCUGAGUACGUGCAAUGUGUCCACGCCCGUGCGACAGGUAACUCCGCUGCAGCAGCAAGGUCGUCGCUCCACGGGCGGCACGCCGCAAAGCAGCGAACGAUCGACCAAUCGAAGUGGAGGAGGAGGCUCGAGCAGCUUUUGUCUAGCGGAUUUUAUGACCAAUACGACGCCCAAUCAGAGCCAGCAGCGAGCGAAGAAAAAGGCAACGCCGCUGGACAAAUCGCAGAGGCCGCGCCGCCGCGUGCUGCCUAUGACCAUCAGUAGGAACGUGUCCGCGAGCAGCUCCUUUGGCGACACCAGCUCCUUCAGCAACGAGAACAAUCUGUUGCGUCUUUCGCAGAGCUGUGAGCUUGAUCGCAGCCAAGGCGCCGAGCUGGAGCAGGAGGCGCGCAAGAUGCUGCUGCUGCGCCGACAGGAGAUCAAAAGCGAAGCGCCCGUGGAACAGGAGCGGGAACAACGGGAAAGGGAUGUUCAGCCGAAAGUAAUGUCAAUUAGUUUGGAGCAUGUGCGUCAUGCCAAGCAGCUGCAUCUGUUGGCGGCGAUCUACGCGCUGCUGAUGGAUCUCAACCUGGUGCCAAAUGUGCUGACCGAGAUCAGCUACGCGCUGCAAUUGCUUAACGUAUGCGAUGUGGCCGGUGACAGCUCAAAAUUGGAGCCACCGCUUGCUCUGCUAGCUGGCCACAAGGAGUGCAUCUAUUUUGCGGCCAAACUGCUGGAGCAGCAGAAGGAUGUGCUGCUGCAGCUGGAUCGCAGCUCGCUGGCCGUGCUGCUGCAGCACGAUCGCCUAUCGCUUCUGUCCAAGCAGCUGCAGGAGCAACUGGAGCAGCAGCAGAGCCAGCGGGCACGGAUCCAGCUACCGGCGGAAACGCCGAGCAAGGCGCAGCAGAAUGUGCACUAUCAGCACGAGAAAGAUGCGCGCGAUAAGUUUCCCAGCCAGCAGGAGUUUGGGGCAUUCAAGAGCCAGCGCGAUCUCUUUUACAAGUCGCUCAAGCAAUGGGAGCAACUGCAUCUGAAUCGUCUGUUCAGCUUUGGCCGAGAGCUGGGCCCGCUUGUGCGUGACAUCUUCAAGCAGUCGGAGCAUGUGGUGAAUAUGGCGCACUUUGCUGGGCUGUUUGUCAGCCAGCUGCUCAUGUCCAGCCGGGAGAAGCACGAGUCGCCCGAGGAGCUGGGCCUCAAGCUUGAUCAGCAGCGACUCAACAGGUUGGCGCAGCGUCUGGUCACCAGCAAUUCCAGUGUUGAGGAUCAGUUCCCGCGCACGCAGGGCUUCUUUCGUGAUUUUAUUGGUGAAUGCAGUUCCUUGGCGUUUCUGGUGCAGCUGCAGCUGGCACUUUACGUGCAGCUAUUGCGCCACAAUGACUCUAGCUUCGAGCUGCUCUCGCUACAACCGGACGGUGAAGAGGAGGAGGAGCAGGUGGCCUCCCCAUAUAUUGUGCGCCCGCAGGCUCAAGCCGAGCUGCUUAUCUUAGCCAAGUUCUUGGGUUAUGUGUGCGCCUUUCCCUACAAUCGUUCGCCCAACGCAGCCAACAGCUGCCCGCAGGAGCAGCUCCAGCUGCGCCGCCAGUUCCAGCCUCCGUUUGAAAUGCGCCUGCAUUUGGAACGUGCUAUGCGCCAGGGAAAGCUGCUGAUCACGCUCCCGUGGCUGGUGCAGUAUCUGGUCAUGUUGGACCCAGUCACGCUGCAGCUGCCCGCUGCCCUGGACACUUUAGAGCUGCUCUAUGCCCUGUAUGCGGGCAUAGCCAAAACCCAUAUCCCGUUGCAGCCCCGCGCGGUUUUCAUCGCGCGCAGCUGUCUCGGCUGGCUGCUGGAAUCGCAGCCGGCUCUAAGCACGGGCUACUAUAGCCACAGAAGGAGGAUGAGCACGAAACCGGAUGCAGCCACGGCAGCUCUUGUAGCCGAUUGCCUGCGCAGUCUUUGCUUCUCGGACGGGGGAAAGGUGGGCUCGCUGCUGGAGCAGAUGUUGCCGCUUGCGUGUCCCUUCCUGCACGAGUUCCGUGUGGCCAUCGCUCCCUCCCAGCGCCACGUCCAGCGCAAUGGACGCUAUCGCUACAUAACCACACGCCUGGAACAGCUGGGCGGCGGCGGAGGCAAAAAUGAUAGUACACCGGACAAUGAAUCUCAGUUUGUGCCGGCUUCAGAUCAGCGCAAGCUGGUGGACGCCUUUUUGCACUCUCAGAACGCCUCGAUGCGGCGUCUGCUGGAAUUCGUGACAGAGCGCAGCUUCAAGUGCGUGGUUAAGGAUGCACAGCAAACAAUACUCCUGCCCUCUAAGUCAGCGGCAGAUGCGCAGGUCAAUGGGAUUGAGUCGACGCAGCAGCACGAGGUGCUGCGCGAGCUGCAGCGCAUCUAUCAGCAGGCCCGAAACCAGGCGUAUCAGCAGUGGACGGAGCGGGUGCCCGGAAUGUUGGAGCAGCGCAUUGAGCAGUCGCUGCGGGCGCUGUUGCCCGCCAAUACGAAUGACGUUGUGCGUCACACGUAUGCGCAUUUGAUCCGGCAGCAGGCGCAAAUGCAGCUACAGCAAUGGCUGGAAAUCAGCGUGCUGCAGUCCAGCUUCUAUCACGGCGACCUCCAGGAGCUAGCCACCAAGGUGUGUCGCGCAAACAGCCGGAGCGGCGUCCAGUCUAGCGCCAACUCGAACGAUCUGUGCCUGACAGCGGCGGGCGAGCUCAGCUUGUCGCAGAUUCUACACGAGCUGCAGCAGUGGGUGCACUGCCUCAGCAUGCGACCCGAAUUUCUGCCCAAUUUGGGCGAUCUGCUGCCGCUGCUCAAACGCACGCGGCAGGCGGCGCUGCUGCCGCAUCUGCCCAGCCAUUUCUAUCAGUUGCUCGGCUCCAUUCUGGUGCGUCUGCUGCAGUUGCUCAUGUGCCAGCAGCCGCAGAUGCUGACGCAGCCGGUUAUCAGCAUUAGCUGUGAGGUGUGGCUGGCGCCAAAGGUGCGUUCAGGUGGUGAUGACGAGGACGUCCCUCAUCCCAUCUAUUUGGAGGCAUUGCUCAGCGUCAGCUUUUUUCAGGAUCUUAGUGCAAAUCCUGCGCGAUUUCAGCUGCUCCAUCAGCUGCUACACCAUAUGCUAGAAGCACACGUGCUCGACGUAGAACAGCUUAAUCAGUUUUUCGUGGCACUCUUCAAGGAGAACUGGACACAGCCGGUGUGGAGCGCACUCUCCCAGCUGCUGCAUCAGUUGUCCCAAGGUUGUUCCAACAAGGUCAACGACGACGACGGCAAGUCCCAAUUGUUUAUGGAAAUGCUGGCGGAUUUAUCCAGCGAUCUAGAUAGUUUUUAAGCUCAAGAGUUAGUUACAUAUAUCAUUCUCAUUUAUCAUACAAUGUUUGUCGCUGUUAAUAAAUACUCUAUUUUUUGCAAAAGAAUGUCAACCUUCUCUUCGAUAAGAUAACAGCGCUGCCUAUCGAUAAUUAAAAUUUCCGAUUACGUCACACUAUCAGCGAAA